CGGGGACGUGAAGAAGACUCUGAAGAGAGUCGCUUACAUUCCCUGGAAGAUGUUCCUUCCUCUGUUCAUAUCAUUUAAUUUUUAAAGAGAGAACUAACAAACACCAUAUUCAUAUUCGACCUCCUCUCAACUUCUCGAAUUUCUGAUUCGACCAUCAAAUUCACGGCACUCCCUGCAAGCAGGCGCCCUCCUUUUCUCUUCAGGGAGAACAAGGCUCUGCUUUGCAGAUCUGAUCUCAAUUCUGUUAGUUCAAGUCUGAUUCCUUUCAUGUGCUGAGAUUCCUCCUUUUCAACUAAAGAUGGGUAUUCUGUUUACUCGAAUGUUCUCUUCGCUCUUUGGCAAUAAAGAGGCUCGGAUCCUUGUCCUCGGCCUCGACAAUGCCGGCAAAACCACUAUUCUUUAUCGGCUGCAGAUGGGUGAAGUUGUCUCCACAAUUCCAACAAUUGGAUUCAAUGUAGAAACAGUGCAGUACAACAAUAUUAAGUUCCAAGUCUGGGAUCUAGGUGGACAGACAAGUAUCAGGCCAUACUGGAGAUGUUAUUUUCCCAAUACUCAAGCCAUAAUUUAUGUUGUUGACUCAAGUGACACAGAUAGGCUGGUCAUUGCUAAAGAAGAGUUUCAUGCAAUUUUGGAGGAGGAAGAGUUAAAAGGUUCUGUUGUUCUAAUUUUUGCAAACAAGCAAGAUCUUCCUGGUGCACUCGAUGAUGCUGCGGUAACUGAGGCCUUGGAGUUGCACAAGAUUAAAAAUCGCCAAUGGGCUAUCUUUAAAACUUCGGCCAUAAAAGGAGAAGGCCUCUUUGAGGGCUUGGAUUGGUUGAGCAACACACUCAAGUCUGGGGGUGGCUAAGUUUCCUGGAGAUUCAUCAGGUGAGCUGAUGUGUUCAGGCUAAAUGACAGAAGAGAAAGGUUUACUUGGCAUGGCCGGUGAUAAUGACUUAUAAUGAUUUUCUUCAUGGGUGCGAUUGUCAUCUGAUGCUCAUUGAUUUUCUGUGAGACAACUGCAUGUACAAUUUUCUUCAAAGGAUCUUACCAGUUUCUCCUUGCAGUCUUUGCAUCUUUCUUUUUAUUUUUGUCCUGGUGUUUUCCUUUAUUCUAAAAUGCUUUAUUGCUGCUUAGCGUCCCUGUGCUCUUUUCUAGUCAGAUGCAAGUAUGUUUUAGGACUAUAUAAAGCUGGGAUCACCAUUCUAGAUGAUGAAAAACCAUACUGUAGUUUUGUUCUGCUGUCUACUGUGAUAAAGUUUCUUGAA